GGAGGGGCCCGCGGCCUACAUGGCCGCUGAGACCCAGGCCAAGGGACAAAGGCUAAGUUUUUCCAUGGUUUGGCUUGGAUAUUGGUGGAACCCUGGUCAAGCUGGUUUAUUUUGAACCCAAAGAUAUCACUGCUGAAGAAGAGGAGGAAGAAGUGGAAAGUCUUAAAAGUAUUCGGAAGUACCUGACCUCCAAUGUGGCUUAUGGGUCCACGGGCAUCCGGGAUGUGCACCUUGAGCUGAAGGACCUGACUCUGUGUGGACGCAAAGGCAAUCUGCACUUUAUACGCUUUCCCACUCAUGACAUGCCUGCUUUUAUUCAAAUGGGCAGAGAUAAAAACUUCUCGAGUCUCCACACUGUCUUUUGUGCUACUGGAGGUGGAGCGUACAAAUUUGAGCAGGAUUUUCUCACAAUAGGUGAUCUUCAGCUUCGCAAGCUUGAUGAACUAGAUUGCUUAAUAAAAGGGAUUUUAUAUAUUGACUCAGUUGGAUUCAAUGGACGAUCACAGUGCUAUUACUUUGAAAAUCCUGCUGAUUCUGAAAAAUGUCAGAAGUUACCAUUUGAUCUGAAAAAUCCUUAUCCUCUGCUUCUGGUGAACAUUGGCUCAGGGGUCAGCAUCUUAGCGGUAUAUUCCAAAGAUAAUUACAAGCGAGUCACAGGUACCAGUCUUGGAGGAGGAACCUUUUUUGGUCUCUGCUGUCUUCUUACUGGCUGUACUACAUUUGAAGAAGCUCUUGAAAUGGCAUCUCGUGGAGAUAGCACCAAAGUAGAUAAACUAGUACGAGACAUUUAUGGAGGGGACUAUGAGAGAUUUGGACUGCCGGGCUGGGCUGUGGCUUCGAGCUUUGGAAACAUGAUGAGCAAGGAGAAGCGAGAGGCUGUCAGUAAAGAGGACCUCGCCAGAGCAACUUUGAUCACCAUCACCAACAACAUUGGCUCAAUAGCAAGAAUGUGUGCCCUUAAUGAAAACAUUAACCAGGUGGUAUUUGUUGGAAACUUCUUGAGGAUUAAUACAAUCGCCAUGCGACUUUUGGCAUAUGCUUUGGAUUACUGGUCCGGGGGGCAGUUGAAAGCCCUUUUUUCAGAACAUGAGGGUUAUUUUGGAGCAGUUGGUGCACUCCUUGAGCUGUUGAAGAUCCCCUGAUCCUUACCUGGGGAGGAGUCCUGGAACUUUCCACAAUGGGAUCUGUGGACUUUCGUUUUUUAAGAGACAUUCUGUUUUAUGAUUGUGCAUUGCCUGAAUCAAAGCAAGAAAGGACAAGUGUAUCUUCUAAGUUCUCAAGAGAAAUCCUUAAUAAUUCAGUCUAAUACAACCAGAAAGGAUAUACUUAAAAAAAAAAAAAAGUGGACCAUGUCCAUAGCAGUGAGGAUUUGCUGAUUACGUUUCCUUCAGUACCGCACAGUUCAACCCACUGUGGAACAAGCGACAGACAUCUCAGCAUUACUCACAAGACACCAGGCAAGAGCUGUUCUGUGUGUUCAGCUGACGGUGGUUUUGUGUCCUGUUUGAACUUGCUAAAUGUAAGACAAGCUACCAUGUGCUAUCAUCUAACCACAGUUUUGUUAAUAUGGCCUUGGAGAUCAUCUGUGCAUUACUCUGGUUUACAUUCAGCCUCUGGGUGGAAGUAUUGAAAAACAUGUUUUAUUCCAAGGUUCUGCAAAUUUCAUUGGUCAGGUUGAAACUUGACAAUUCAGCAAUUCUUAGAAAGG